AUGACUAGAUAUAGUGAUUCAGACAAAAGCCCAGUUACUGAUGAUAGUUCCGCUUCCCUAAGUAAAUACAGAAGAAGGCGCUCGUCAAGUACUUUAUCUCACUUAUCCAUGUCUUUAGGCCGUUCUAGUUUAUCCAGUGACUCUUCCACAGAUCACUACAGACAUCGCACAAGGAUGAGUUCCCGGGUCUAUAAGCCUUACUCCAGGGAUGCCAGCAUCUCCUCUAGAUCUAGCAUCAGGAGCCCGUCUAAGCUGGUCUCCAGAGAUUCCAGAAAACGUUCUAGAUAUAGGUCAACCUCUAGAAGUAGGCGGAAUAGAAAAGGAUCCCCAAAUAGUAUCUAUAGUAGUAAAAAUAAUAAAAAACAGAUUGAAAAUAAACGUUAUAGAUUUUCACACCAUCGGGAAUCAUCACGUAAACGCUCUAAUUCACGCCAAAAGAGCCGUUCCGAUGUAAAAUAUCGCAAACUUAAUCACGAUAAAAGGGCCGAUUCUGACAAAUCUGAUGAAGAGGAGUUAAAGGAACUUGAGUUGCUUGAUGAAGAGGAGGAUGUGGAUAAUUUCUUGGAGAUGAGGCGGAGAGAAAGAGAUAAGCUAUUGAAGAAGCACCAGUCCAUAUCGUCAGAGAGGUCAAGCAGCUCAAAAGCGGCGGAAGUAAUCAGUUUGCCAAUAGCUGAUUCGGUUGGUGACGGCGCCACCAACAGUGUUGCCAGUGGAGAUAACAAGGCUGUAGAAUCAGCACCUAGCGUCAGUGUGGUUAGUACCGACUCUAGGUCAACUGUUACACAAACAGUUGCUUCAGCAGCAGUACCUGCAGCAGGAGAUGGAGGCCCAGGUGCCACUGUUACUUCCAGUACUGGUCCCAGUGCACAUGUCGCUACUUCCGUUACUAUUACUCCCACAAGCGUAAGUGUUUCCGACGAUAAAAAGAGUGAAACGGCCAAAGAAGUGAGGCGUGUAAACCCGUUUUCAAUGUUCUUUGAACCGACAACAAUAGUACCAACUAAACCAGAAGUAACUGCGGGUGGUAAGAUCGACAAUGCUGCUGGUACUAGCGGUAACACUGUCAAGACUACUGAUAACACCACUGUUAGCAAUGUUAACACCACUGUUAGCAAUGUUAACACCGACGACAUUACUGGAAACACUGGCACUAAAGAACUUGGCGAUACCAAAAUUUACAGUAACAUUAAGGAUGGAGAGAGUGUUACAGACGCUGCAGACGUAAAAGCCGCACAUGACCUUAGGCUAGAUUUGUUAGAGGAUGUCGUCUUGGAAGGAGAGUCGCCAUUUACACCGUCCCCAAUCAACUAUUAUCAAAAGACGAAGGAUUCAAGUAAUUCGGAGAGCAAUGAGAAUGAAAACGAAGGAGAAGGAUACAAGGAUUUGAAAGAAAAUGAACUUGGAAAUAAAGAUACAGAGGACACGACCGCAAAGGACAGUGUAAAGGAGGAAAGGAACAAAUCCAAUAUGUACUCUGAAUUGCAGAAGAAGUUGAUGCAGGAUAAGCAAAAGUUGCGCAAUUUUAUAAUUAAAAUGAAACAGCAGCCUGAGAGCUAUGAGGAAGUUGUAGAGGAGUACGAAGAAGAUGACAUGGAUAUGUUUUCGACGAAACUUGAAGAGACUGAUACGAAGAAGAGGAAGAUAGUCAAGAGAGUAAUAACAAAUAAGUUGGAAAACAGAUCGUUGGCAGAAAAUUGGAACGACUCAGAGGGAUAUUACCAGGCAAUGAUAGGAGAGGUGCUGGACGACCGCUACAGUGUGUUGAGUGAAUUGGCAGGAAAGGGCGUGUUUUCGUCAGUGUUGAAGUGUUUCGACUCAGUAGAAAAGGUUAACGUGGCAAUUAAAGUAAUCAGAAACAACGACAUGAUGAUUAAGGCGGCGGAAAAGGAGAUGGGAAUACUGCGCCGGUUAAACGAAACAGAUAAGGAAGAUAAGAAGCACAUAGUACGGUUGCAAACGUCGUUUCGAUACAGAGGUCACCUGUGCAUGGUCUUUGACUGGUACUGGGGAAACCUAAGAUCACAUUUGAAAAAGAAUGGUAAGGGAUAUGGCUUAAACCUGUCGUACGUACACUCGUACGCAAGGCAAAUAUUCAUAGCACUACGCCACAUGAAGAAGAAUAAAGUGAUGCACGCAGACUUGAAGCCUGACAACAUACUUGUGAGUGACAACUUUAACCAAAUCAAGAUAUGUGACCUCGGAUCAGCAAGCGAUGAGUCAGAAAACGAUAUAACAGCAUAUUUAGUAAGCAGGUUCUACAGAGCACCAGAAAUAAUACUGGGAUGCAAGUAUGACUGUAAAAUAGACGUGUGGAGCGCAGCCGCAACAAUCUACGAGUUGGCAACAGGAGACAUACUCUUCCCAGGACGUAACAACAAUCAUAUGCUGAAGCUGAUGAUGGAGUACAAGGGAAAGAUACCGAACAAGCUGAUAAGAUCAGGACAACUAGCAUCACAGCACUUUGAUGAAAACUUCGACUUCAUAUACGCAACAGAAGACAAGUUCAGUAAAACGCAAGUGACGAGAGUAAUACAGGACCUGAGGCAAACGAAAAGUAUCACAGAAAGCAUACUGGAGAGACACCCGCUGCUUAGUUCCUCAAGCACGCUCAGAAACGACGGAACAGUAAACAAGGAAACGCUGGCGAAGAAGGAACAGAUGGUGAGGAAGGUCAGACAGCUGGGAGAGUUGCUGGAAAAGUGCCUGGUGAUCGAUCCGAGUAAAAGAUUCACACCAGACGAGGCCCUGAUGCACCCAUUCAUACGCGGAAGCGUGGAUGAGUAA